CAUCUUCUACGUGACAUAUGUUCUUCUGGAAUCGCCAUGGGCGGUUCUCAUGAAGAAGCUGACACCUCGCAACAUUCUCGCCGGCCUAUGCGUGGUCUGGUCGAUAGCGACCAUUUUUACUGGAUUUAUCCAUAACGUCGCUGCGUUGUACGCAACGCGUCUUAUUCUCGGGGCUUGCGAAGCGGGUCUUUUCCCAUGCCUGAAUCUUUACUUGACAAUGGUUUACCGGAGAGAAGAGCAGACGAAGCGCGUAUCAUACUUGCUGAGUUGCGGCGCGAUCGCAGGUGCAUUUGGAGGAUUGUUAGCAUACGGACUUCUCCACAUGGAUGGAGUUGGAGGCAAAGCUGGCUGGAGAUGGGUCUAUAUCAUCGAAGGACUGUUCAGCAUUAUCUGCGCCUUUCUCAUCUGGUUCGGUCUUCCCAACGACCCCGAAAAUGCGUACUUUCUCAGCGACGAAGAGAAAUGGAUGAUGCGUGUGCGAAACGAACAGCGUCGCAAGUACAUGGGUAGCGAGGAGUUUAGCUGGGAAGAGAUUCGAAUCGCCGCGACUGAUCCGAAGUUGAUCCUCAGCGCGAUUACUCAAUUCUGCCAGGAUAUCCUGUUGUACGGGUUCAGCACGUUCUUGCCCACUAUCCUGCAGAGUAUCGGAUAUAACUCGCUGAUGAGCAAUGUGCUUACCGUGCCGGUGUAUUUCUGGGCAGCGUUCGUCUUUAUCUGCGUGGCGUGGGCUGCAGAUCGAUACUCGAAAUUUGCAGUGUUCAUCUUGUGCGCCAACGUAUUCGGCAUCAUCGGGUACAUCCUCCUCCUCGCCGUCUCCUCAAACCAAGUCAAAUACUUCGCUACCUUCCUCUGCGGAGUCGCCUGCUACACCAGCGUCGGCAUCAACGUCGGCUGGCUAAACGUCAACUUUGCGCCCCAACAACGCCGCGCCUUCGCCAUCGGCAUGCAACAAACGAUCGGAAACAUGGCAGGAAUCGUAGCAGGACAAGUCUACCGCGAGUCACCAUAUGUUCUGGGUAAUUCGUUCUCGAUGGCCUCGUUAGUCGUGGCGCAGGUCGUGGUCGUGCUGCAUGCGUGGUACGUUCGGCGGGAAAAUGCCGAGAAGGAGAUGAUUGCGCGGGGCGAGAAAGAGGAUACGCGACGCGUGCAGUCGGGCGAUAGAGAGGUGGAUUUCAAAUAUCAUUAUUAGUUAUCUUAUCUAGUUCCUAUGAAGGUCGAUGAUUCAUCCACGUUUGGAUUGUUGAAUAUGACGACAUGACUUGAACAGUAUAUAUCCACCAAUCUUCAACAUAAUUCUCAA